CGCGUAUGCAAACAAUUAUUACUCACGGCGUUGCCGCCGAUAUGGGGAUCGAUCGAGAUGAUGUAACAAGAAAGCAGGGGGCUUUUUUUUUUUUUGUCCACGCAUCGUCAGGUGCCGCUGCCCCACAAGAUGGAGAGCAGCUUGCCGUGGGGGCAGGGGCUCGACGCGUCGCGCGGCGCCCUUUGUGGUGGCUGCGGCGGCCGCGCAUCCGUCGCGUCGUUGUCGAAGCCGACGUCGAAGUCCAAGCGCGUGCGCGUCGGCGGCGAGUCCGUCAUGGCGUCGUCGUCGCGCGGCCGCUUGCGCGACGAGAAGGAGCCGUCGUCGGAGUUCGCGCGCAUGCGCCGCAGGAAUAGGGAGCGGUGGUUGAACGCGUCGUUGCGCGGCGACGCGCGCACGGCCGGCGACUCGUCCCAGGCGAAGUCGUACAUGCCGACGACGGACGGCGACGCGACCGGGUUCAGGACGUUUUCUGUUGGUGUCGACGUUCCCAAUCGCGGCGGCGAGUGGGGCUUCAGGUCGAUGGCGCCCGCUCGUCGCGGCGGCGAGCCCCAGGGCCUUUGGUCGUCGGGCCAGGUGACGCGCGCCGGGCUCUGGGGCGGUUGUUGUUCCGCCGGGGUUUGUUUUUCGUCGGCCAUGGCUCGUGCCGCGGGGUUAGACUACCGAGGCAGUCCCGCGGCGGCAGUAGGCCGGCUCGGCAGCUUUUUUCUGGUCUUGGGAGUCCUGCGCCGGCGGUGGCUUGCGUCCCGCGGCGGCGCGAACUUGCGCUUGGCAGCCUAUUUGCACUUGGCGCCCGAGAGCGUUUUUGAAUACGCUCCGCUCGCCGAAAAAAGCUGGGUUUCGGGAGGACAAUAGGUUUUGCAACACUCGUGCCUCUCGAGUUCUUCGUAGCUUAGUUUGGUGAGCAGCGACGAGCGUACCUCACUCGAGCAUCA